AUGCAGCAUCGAAGUUUGCCGACCCAUGAGGUCUCGGAUGAGAACCUCGAUGAUACAUAUGUCAACUUCAUCAUGUUCUGUAACCCAAUGGUACCACUGGACACAGAUACAAUCGAACUCAGAAAAACGUUUCGGGCCCCUCCAAGAAGCGAUGGUAAAGCGUUCAGCACGUUUAAAUUGUUUGAGCUCAUUCGGAAGUUGGAACAAAAGGAGAUCAAGACUUGGGCACAACUUGCGAUUGAUCUAGGUGUGGAACCACCGGCCCUGGAUAAGGGACAGAGUGCACAGAAAGUCCAGCAGUAUGCCGUAAGGCUCAAACGCUGGAUGCAUGCAAUGCACGUCGAUGCAUUUUUUGAAUAUCUCUUGAGAAAGCCCCAUGUAUACUGGACUCAGGUCCCCUCUGCCGGCGACCCUGGGUCUGAUUUCGGGCGAGAUGGAGUCCCAGCUGAGGAAGACUUGGCUCUGCGGGCACUGUUACCAGAAACAAAACCGAAACGUGGUCGACGGAAAGCAGGAGACAGAGAGAAUGACGAGGAUACAGGAAGAUCGCCGGCUCAGCGUCCCCGUUUGGAUUCGCCAACAUUAUCUGACGAAUUCAUAAGUGCCAGGUCUUUAAUACCAGAGAGUGCCACUCCAGCAUCGGCUCAUCCAGGCUUCAGCCAGUCUUUCAAUGAUCGAAUGGUGCCAUGGUCUGCAACAGAAAUGAGAGGCUCUGUUCCUGGUAAUUUUCGCUGGAAUGGCCCAGAUAGUGCUCAAACACCCCUGUCAGCAUAUCCGCAAUCUGCUAUUACCCCCAACAAUCGAAGUCAGCUGUGGAAUGACUCGAGUGAACCCCCAUCUGCCAUUACACCCAUCCGCGGUCGGUCACGGCGUCGACAUGGUCCCGCAGUCUCCUCGGCAUGGCCUGGUGGCGGUGGAAUAUCUUCUGGGAAGCUGAGGGGUCGACCGCCAAGCAACCGCUCAGUCACAGAUGGACCUUUCUCAACAUUUCCAGCGAACCCGGGGGCAAAAGAUGUACCAACAAUCAAUCUUCGGGACGAUACAACGACGGUUACUCCUAUAGUCAGCAACCAACAGGGCAAUCAUUUUUUCCCACCAGCCAUGCCAUCUAGUCAAGCAAAUCCCCCAGUCUUGAAUAGCCGGCCCAGUCGAUUAUCACUCCAAGUUCCUCCACGACAGGGUGGCACAGUGAGAUUAGCAACACCGCCGCCUCCGCCUGUUUUGUUGGUGAACGGCGAGAAUGAUUCGGAUAUGCACUCCGAGGCUCUGACCAGCUCUCAUAUCACACCCCUUAUGGAGUAUUUUGGCUCGCCUGCUGACCAAGACCCAAGCUUCCAACAUUUCGUCAGUAUUGCAUUCCGGCAGAAUGAAGACGCUGAUCGUACCAAUAUGGAUGCGUUAGAGAGUCAUUUUAUCUGCGAAAUCCUGGCAGCCGAUUGGUAUGAUGCGUCGGGGCAAAGAAUUGAGAAAUGCAGUAUUGACGAGGCGGACAAGAUAUGCAAACAAGUUGUUAAGAAUCUCCAGGCCGAAUCAAGCAGCACCGAAGCAUUCUUGAUCAACUUGUCAGCCCUAGCGGGCGGACCGUUGAUGACGAGACUACGAAUGACGAGACUCGAGCAGGGCUCAAUAGCCCAUUAUGAGUGUCAUUGGAAAAUGAGAUUUGGUUCCAUUGAAGGAGAAUUCACUAUUAGGGCUACGGUCCAUCACGGACUUGAGUCUGUGGCUUUGGAUGAUUUCGGAGGAAGUGAGGAGUCGUGGAAGAAGAGGUAUCUGGAUCUUCGACAGCAGAUCAAAGAACGGAACGCGACAGUUGGCAACCUUAAAACGAGUAUCCUCGAUGCAUUGGUGGUGGCAACUCAAAAUACACGGUAG